AAGAAGAAGAAGUGACCACCAGGACCACACACAGAAUAACCAGAACUAACUGGACCAAACUGGACUAACUGGACUACGUGGGAGGUGAAGGUUUAAAGUAGACUGAGCCAGGCUGAACUAGUCCUUACUGGUCUGGGAGACAGGAAGUGGUCUGAAUGGAUGGUUUCCAGGCGUACGGCGCAGGGAAGGCGGGUGGAGCAUUUGACCCGCUGACCUUCUUCAGGCAGCCUCAGACGGUGGUGAGGAUCUUCUGCUGGCUCUUCUCCAUCGUGAUCCUUGGCUGCAUUGCUAACGAGGGCUACGUUAACCGUCCUGAAGACGUGGAGGAGUUCUGCAUCUUCAACCGCAACCACAAUGCCUGUAACUACGCCGUCGCCACAGGAACGCUGUGCUUCCUUUGUUGCACCGGCUUCCUGGCACUGGACGUGUACUUCCCUCAGAUCACCGGCGUGAAGGACAGGAAGAAGGCCGUCAUGGCUGACAUCGCCGUGUCAGCUCUCUGGUCUCUGGUGUGGUUCGUGGGUUUCUGUUUUCUGGCCAAUCAGUGGCAGUUUUCUGAAGAAGAAGACAACCCUCUGAAUGAAGGAUCUGACGCUGCCAGAGCCACCAUUCUCUUCUCCUUCUUCUCCGUCUUCACAUGGGGAGGUCUCACUCUGCUGUCGUUGGAGCGUCUGAAGACAGUCUCGUUUGAAGAAGAAUACAACAAACUGUUCAACGCGCCGCUCGCCUGAAACACACACACUCACACACACACAGACAUACACGUACAGACACACAAACACACAUCUUCACCUCUCUCCUCUGAUUCGCUGCCACAGUGCCUUCCUGUUUUCACGGCGAUUUAUAAACGUCAUGUGAUGUUGUGUGUUGUUAUUAUUAGUGAUGUCAUAACGUGUAAAACAAUUAAAGAUAAUAAACACAUCUGAACCUGAA